AUGCCACAGCCGCCACCGCCGCUCGCAUCGCCGCUUUGGCGCUCCCUGCGCGCGUACCAAAUCUUCGGUGCCAACACCGAGGUGGGGAAGACGGUCUUCUCAACACUGCUUUGCAAGGCUGCGGCUGCGAGGACGACAGGUCGCGGCGUAGCGUUCUUGAAGCCUGUUUCUACGGGGCCGGAUAGCGAGGCUGAUGAUCGGUGGACAACUCAGGCGGAUAUGUAUGCGCCUCUCCGUUUACCUGUUGUUCUUGUUGGUGAUUCUCGCCUAGGGGGUAUCUCUCAGACGAUAUCAGCCUUUGAGUCACUUCGCAUGCGGGGCUAUGAUGUUGAGUCGGUGGUGCUGUUCAAAGAGGACAAAUACCAGAACUUUGACUAUCUUUCAGAGUACUUCGCAGAGCAUCACGAUGUGCCCGUCGCUGGGGUAAUCGAGCCGCCUGAAAGAAAAUCAAGUCUUGAAGACGAUGUCCGAGCAAUGGCUAAGUACUACGAGGAGCAAUCCCAGGCUAAAAAUACGGGCGAUGUCAUCUCACAUCUCGAUAAGCGCCAUGAGCAACGCAUCGCAUCCUUGGAUUCCAUGGCUUCUCAGGCUCUCGAGAAAAUCUGGUAUCCCUUCACUCAGCAUAGUCUACUCACUCCCAAGGACAUCAACGUCAUCGACUCAGCCCACGGCGACUACUUCCAGACUCUCGCCCCCUCAUCUUCAUCGUCAUCUUCACAAAACGACAGCCUCCUCCGCGCUUCAUUCGAUGGCUCAGCAUCAUGGUGGACUCAAGGCCUCGGCCACGCCAACCCCAGACUCACUCUAGCAGCCGCCUACGCCGCCGGCCGUUACGGUCACGUCAUGUUCGCCAGCGGCAUCCACCGUCCAGCUCUAGAGCUCUCUUCGACCCUUCUCAAGGGGAUGAACAGCCCUCGCCUCGACCGUGUAUUCUUCUCUGACAACGGCAGCACAGGUAUCGAGGUGGCUCUCAAGAUGGGCCUUGGAGCAGCAAAACUUCGAUACGGAUGGGCCAAGGAGGAGAAACUCGGGAUUGUAGGCCUCAAGGGUUCGUACCAUGGUGAUACUAUUGGUGCUAUGGACUGCUCUGAGCCGAGUGGAUAUAAUGAGAAAGUUGAGUGGUACGAUGGAAAGGGCCAUUGGUUUGACUAUCCGACUGUUCUGUGUAUCGGUGGCAAAUGGCGCGUCAAUGUUCCUGAAGAGCUGAGACAGGCAUUGGGCGAGGACGCAGAUUUCGGCUCGCUGUCAGAAAUUUUUAAUGUUCAAGGCCGAGAGCAGAAGGGUCACCAUAUUCGAUAUGAAGCCUUUAUUAGAGAAUCUUUGGAGCGACUCGUCAAACAAGGCCGUCGGUUUGGUUCGGUCAUCAUCGAGCCUGUUGUUCUUGGUGCUGGAGGCAUGGCAUUAGUAGAUCCUCUUUUCCAGCGCGCCCUCGUCAACGUCGUUCGAAAAUCCCCAGAUCUCUUCCGCAAACCUGGUGCCGCCGUCGAGGAAACCUCCAGUGACCCCAACGCAUGGACUGGCCUUCCCAUCAUCUUUGACGAGGUCUUCACUGGCCUCUACCGUCUCGGUCGCUUUACUUCUUCUUCCUUCCUCAACACAUAUGCCGACAUCUCCGUCCACGCGAAGCUUCUUACAGGAGGCCUUGUCCCGCUGUGUACAACGCUCGCUUCGGAGAAUAUCUUCCAGUCAUUUAGCUCUCAAGAUAAGACUGAUGCACUCCUCCACGGCCAUAGCUACACAGCACACCCUGUGGGCUGUCAGGUCGCCUUGGAAUCCCUGAAUGAUUUGCAGAAGAUGGAUCAAGACGGGUCAUGGGAUUGGGCAAAGUCACAAGGCUGGAAAUCCUCCGAAGCGUCUCUCACAAGCGGCCAGUCCUCUACCAACGUCUGGUCAACCUGGCCUCGCGAUCUGGUAGAGGAUCUUUCCCGCCAAACAGAUCGCGUAUCGGGCAUCUGGGCUCUCGGCAGCGUUCUUGCAAUCCACAUCAAGGACGCAUCGGGAAGCACGGGAUACUUUAGCAAUGCCGCGCAGGACCUUCGCGAUACCCUCAUUGCGGGGGAUUCGGAGGGCGCCAAUGGGUCAUGGAAUGUGCACUGUAGAGUGCUUGGAAACGUACUGUAUCUGAUGGCGGGGCAGAAAACGACAGAGGAGAGCAUUGCACAGAUUAGUUCAGAACUGCGAAAGGGACUACAGGCCUAA